GCAUGCGCGCUCUGCUCUGUCUCUCGGCUAGAGCAGCUGCUGCGGCGGCGGGGUUUGAGUGGAGGAAGAUGGCGGCUCCGGGUGGCUCGGGGUCCCGACAGCUGUGAAGAGCCCCGAGCACAGCUAUCACGGCCUGAGGCAGAGCGCCUCUGCUCUGGCCCUGUCCCUGGCUCCCUCAUUACCGUCGCCACCGGAGCGAACCCUAGAGCGUGGAGCGGGCUGGGCCAGCUGUUGAGUGGAAUGUCAUGGCCAGCUCCUCGGACAGUGAAGAUGACAGUUUCAUGGCUGUGGACCAAGAAGAAACUGUGCUGGAAGGGACAAUGGAGCAAGAUGAGGAGCCCCACCCAGCAUUGGAGGCUGAGGAGACUCGACAUAAUAGGUCCAUGUUGGAGCUGCCAGAAGAGGUUUUGGAGUAUAUCCUGUCCUUUCUCUCACCGUAUCAGGAACACAAAACUGCAGCCCUUGUCUGCAAACAGUGGUAUCGACUCAUCAAAGGUGUAGCUCAUCAGUGUUACCAUGGUUUCAUGAAGGCUGUCCAGGAAGGAAACAUUCAGUGGGAGAGCCGCACUUAUCCUUAUCCUGGAACUCCAAUCACUCAGCGGUUCUCACACAGCGCAUGCUAUUAUGAUGCUAAUCAGUCUAUGUAUGUGUUUGGAGGCUGUACCCAGAGCAGCUGCAAUGCUGCUUUCAAUGACCUCUGGAGACUUGACCUAAACAGCAAAGAGUGGAUCCGACCUUUGGCUUCUGGCUCCUAUCCUUCCCCCAAAGCUGGAGCAACUCUGGUCGUGUACAAGGACUUGCUAGUGCUGUUUGGUGGCUGGACGCGGCCAAGCCCUUAUCCCCUACAUCAGCCAGAGAGAUUCUUUGAUGAAAUACAUACUUAUUCCCCCUCUAAAAACUGGUGGAACUGCAUUGUGACAACCCAUGGGCCACCUCCCAUGGCUGGCCACUCCUCCUGUGUGAUAGAUGAUAAAAUGAUUGUCUUUGGUGGCUCUUUAGGAUCCCGGCAAAUGAGCAAUGAUGUCUGGGUCCUUGACCUUGAGCAGUGGGCGUGGUCCAAGCCGAACAUCUCCGGCCCCAGUCCUCAUCCUCGAGGUGGCCAAUCUCAGAUUGUCAUAGAUGAUGCAACUAUCUUAAUCCUCGGAGGGUGUGGCGGUCCCAAUGCUUUGUUCAAGGAUGCUUGGUUGUUGCACAUGCAUUCAGGUCCUUGGGCCUGGCAGCCACUCAAGGUAGAAAAUGAAGAGCAUGGGGCCCCAGAACUGUGGUGUCAUCCAGCUUGCCGGGUGGGACAGUGUGUGGUGGUCUUCAGCCAGGCUCCUAGUGGGAGAGCCCCACUCAGCCCCAGUUUGAACUCUCGCCCAUCACCUAUCAGUGCCACUCCUCCAGCUCUAGUUCCCGAAACCCGCGAGUACCGCUCUCAGUCUCCAGUAAGAAGCAUGGAUGAAGCUCCUUGUGUUAAUGGCCGAUGGGGAACACUGAGACCCAGGGCUCAAAGGCAGACUCCUUCGGGUUCCCGGGAAGGGAGCCUUUCCCCAGCCAGAGGAGAUGGCUCUCCUAUCCUCAAUGGUGGGAGUUUGUCUCCAGGAACAGCAGCUGUGGGUGGCUCUUCUUUGGACAGUCCUGUACAGGCAGUAUCCCCAAGUACUCCAUCUGCUGCUGAAGGAUGUGACCUAAAAAUGGGACUUUCUUUGGCCCCCCGACGAGGAUCACUACCAGAUCAGAAAGAUCUGAGAUUAGGAUCCAUAGAUCUGAAUUGGGAUCUGAAACCUGCUUCCAGUAGCAAUCCCAUGGAUAGCAUGGACAACAGGACAGUUGGGGGAAGUAUGAGACACCCUCCUGAACAGACAAAUGGUGUGCAUACCCCACCUCACGUGGCCAGUGCCCUUGCAGGGGCUGUCUCCCCAGGUGCCCUGCGUCGGAGUCUGGAAGCCAUCAAAGCGAUGUCCUCCAAAGGCCCCUCGGCCUCUGCAGCACUAAGUCCUCCUCGUGGGUCUUCUCCAGGCUCUCCUGGGAGCCAGAGCUUGAGCAGUGGAGAAACAGUGCCCAUCCCUCGUCCAGGGCCAGCCCAAGGAGAUGGACAUUCCUUACCUCCCAUUGCCCGCCGCCUGGGCCACCACCCUCCACAGUCCCUAAAUGUUGGCAAACCCCUAUACCAGAGUAUGAACUGCAAGCCCAUGCAAAUGUACGUGCUGGACAUUAAAGACACCAAGGAGAAGGGGCGGGUCAAAUGGAAAGUAUUUAAUAGCAGUUCUGUGGUCGGACCUCCUGAAACCAGCCUGCAUACCGUGGUACAAGGCAGGGGUGAACUCAUCAUAUUUGGAGGACUCAUGGACAAGAAACAGAAUGUGAAGUACUAUCCAAAAACAAACGCUUUGUACUUUGUACGAGCAAAGAGAUAAUGUGUUCUAAACCCCUUUCCUUUUCUGUGGCUUUUAAUUUGGAAUUUUCCAAUGUGUAAGCAUUUGGACUAAGAAUGGGAAAACAAAAUUACUCCCAGAAGCCAAAACUGUUUCAUUCCCAACCGAAGUCACUCCAGGCUGGGAUCAAAUCUCCAUUAAGAAAAAAAAUUAUAUAUAAAUAUAAAUAUAUAUAUAUUAUAUAGCCAACUCUGUUUACAAAAAGGGAGAGAUCUCCAUCCUGGUUCAGAUAAAAUUGUUGCUGUGUUUUAGCAGGGGCUGUGCUGCCUUUUUCUACUUUGCUGGUAACUAGACCAAGAAGUUAGGGAACAGACUAACUAACAUCAGUAACUUUCCAAAAGAAGCUGAAGAGCCCCCCUGUAAAUCUUUAUGUUGCCUUCUUGGAGUUAAAAAAUGAAAGGGCAUAUGUAAGUUGCAAAGGUGGAGGUUUUUGGACUCAUGCUUCAGGUGCUGGCAGGGUAAAAGUAACUGUUCUUCCCCUUCUCUUAAAACCACAGAGGACCUGUGACAACUCUGCAGAAAUGCCAAUGCCUGACCCCUUUCUGCCCUUUAUGGCCGAGGAAAGUUACCCAACAAGGGAUUUUAUUCCACAUUUGUGUGCCAGGUCAUCGUGAAAUAAUGUUGAUGCAGCC